AAAACCCUGACAAUUUUUUCAGCUCCUCAAUUCCUCGUCAGAAGAAAGGAAAACCAUGGGGGAGUAUCGCAACCCUAAUUCAUCUGCUCAACCUCGUCUAAAUCCACAAGUUCGCGCCAAUGUUCUUCAAUCGAAAUUGAUUGGACAAAGUCACCCAACUGGUCUUACUUCAAAUCUUUUGAAGCUUUUCGAACCACGACCUCCAUUGGAAUAUAAACCUCCUCAUGAGAAAAGGAAAUCCUUACCCUAUUCAGGUAUGUCAGAAUUUGUGUCUAAAUUCGCUGAGCCUGGUGAUCCUGAAUACGCUCCACCAGUCAAGAAAGCUGAAACUGCCGCUGAAAGAAGGUCAAGAGUUCACAAGCGGCGUUUGGAAGAGGGUGCAAAGAAGGCUGCAGAGGAGCUUGAGAAAUAUGACCCAAAUAGCGAUCCUAAUAUAUCUGGGGACCCUUACAAGACUUUAUUUGUCGCCAGACUUAAUUAUGAGACAACUGAGCACAGAAUCAAGAGAGAGUUUGAAGCUUAUGGGCCGAUUAAACGGGUCCGCACAAUUACAGACAGGGAGACGAACAAGCCAAGAGGCUACGCCUUUAUUGAAUACAUGCAUACAAGGGAUAUGAAGUCUGCAUACAAGCAAGCUGAUGGCAGGAAGGUGGAUAACAAAAGAGUGCUUGUGGAUGUUGAACGUGGGAGAACUGUUCCAAAUUGGCGACCUCGGAGACUGGGUGGUGGACUUGGAUCUACAAGGGUUGGAGGCGAAGCAGAUAAUCAGAAAUACUCUGGCAGAGAGCCUCAGCAGGUAGCUUCAGGAGGAAGAGGAACAUCACGAUCUGAGGAGCCAAGGUCAAGAGAAGAUCGUCAUGACCGGGACAGGGAGAAGUCGAGGGACAGGGAGAAGUCACGUGAUAGGGAGAAGUCACGAGAAAGGGGAAGAGAGAGAGAGCGUGAGCGAUCUCGUGAACGCUCCUAUGAUAGGCUUCGUGAUCGUGAUUCAAGAGAGGAAAAACAUCACCGAGAUCGUAAUAGAGAUAAAGUUAAGGAGAAGGACCGUGGUCGUGAUAGGGAUAGAACUCGUGAUCGUGAUAGAGAAAGAGGUCGUGACUAUGAUAGAGAUAACAAAGAUAGAGACUUAGAACAUGUGCGUGAUCGUGGUCGUGAACGUCCUCGAGAAAGGGAUAGGGAAUAUGAUUAUGAAGAGAAUGAUGACCAGGAUCGCGGACGUUCCCGUGAUAGGAAUCGCCGUGCUGAAUCUGAGGAUGACCGUGAACGGUUUGGGGAUCCUGAUGAGCACAAGGAUCCUGAUCAUGAGAAUGGGCAAUAUGAUCUCAAUGAGCGUGGUCAUAGAGAGGAGGACGGCAGCCGAAAUUACAAUUGGGAUUAUGACAACUAACUGAUAGUUUCCAGCAUUGUUUGUUUAGGGUUAUUCUGGAGGCACUUGAGUUUGCAGCCUAUCAAAACCCUAUAGAGGUGGGGGGAGGUAGGACUGUCAUAAGUUUACUCUCAAUUCUACUUCUGUAUUAUGGAUGGUGGAUCCUUGUUUAACUUGUUAUUUCCACCCUGAGAAGAUCAUAUGAACUUGUUGGAUUCUAGUAUUUUCAAACUAUUGGCGGGGGACCAGAUCCAUCAUAUGAACUUUCUUUUCUGUUGAUAUCUAGAGAAGAUCACAUUUGAAUCUGAUAUUUUGGUGUAUUGUUAAGGUCAUCCAAAAAUGUACUUGGAGCCUGUGGGCCGGCAUUUACGAGUUUGUCCAAGUGUGAUGUGAGUAUGCUUACACCCUUUUUUGAGGUUAACCCAUGGCCUAACCUAUUUUAGAACUAAACUUUAAUUCAAGAUUUAUAUGUUUCCAGGAA